AUGGCACUUUCAUACUACGACAAAGUUCUUCAGACUCGACAAAAACCUAUUCCAUCUAUUCAUUCUGAUUUAGCUUUAAUUCACAUUAAUAUUGAUAUAACACAUUAUCGAUUAAAAGAUUAUGUGACAACCAUAUCACAUUUUCAAAAAGGACUUGAAAUUCAACAAGGCAUUCUUUCACCAACACAUUUCGUACUAGCUGAUAUUUAUAAUAAAAUUCGUAUGAUGUAUUAUUUACUAAAAGAUUAUUUAAAUGCAAACGUACAUUAUCAAAAAGCACUUGAGGUUCGACAAAUAUCCCUUCCAUUGGAUCGUCUUGCAUUGACAGUUAAUCAUUAUAAUCUAGCUAAAACAUAUGAACAUCUUAAUCAAUAUAUAGAAGCUAUUGAUCAUGCAAAACAGGCUGUUAAUAUAGCAUGGUUAAUAUUUGGGUGUAAACAUUCAGAAAUUUAUGCGACUAUUUGCAUUUCAUUAGCUCAUCAAAAUCGUAGAGAAUCAUGGUUUUACGGUUUUAUGCGGCCAUUUCUUACUCCAACAAGUAUUUGUGCGAAUAGUACAACACAAGCAGCAUAUCUUGCUAAAACUAUAACUCUUAUCAAUAAUUUUCAAUUAAAUUCAACAUAUAAUUCUGUUUUACAAAUUGAAUCACCAAAUUUUGUUGCAUAUCUAAAAGAUCCUACUAAUCAAGCAUUAUUAUAUACUAAUUGCUCAUCUUUUAUUAAUGGUGUAAAAGUAGCAAAGUUAGCAGACGAAACAGCUACACGUACAAGACAACACAUUGCUCAAGAUGUUCAUCAACAAUUUGAACAAAUUCCACAUAAUGUAACUGGUAGUAACGGACCUAAUGACUUGGAUAGCGAUGAACAUGAUCGACAUCAUUGA